AUGAUUAAAUGUGUGUUAUCUUAGCCUUAAAAACAGCUGUUUUGCAUAACAUUGCGAAUCCGGUUGAUUUGCGUCAAAACAAAACCAGGAUCAUGCUAAGGACCGCUGUUAGCCGCUUAUUACAAAUUAACUCAGUGCAAUGUGGCGCCCGGACGAAUUCGGUUCGCAAUAUCAACCUGAUUCCCAUGGUAGUCGAGCAAACUGGCCGCGGUGAAAGGGCCUACGAUAUAUUUUCCCGACUUCUAAAAGAACGGAUAAUCUGCCUGAUGGGUAACAUAACCGACGACAUCAGUUCCACUGUUGUGGCACAAUUGCUGUUCCUGCAAUCCGAAAAUGUUAACAAGCCGAUCCAUCUGUAUAUUAAUUCUCCCGGCGGAGUGGUAACAGCGGGCCUUGCAAUCUAUGAUACGAUGCAGUACGUCAAGCCGCCGAUAGCAACGUGGUGCGUUGGACAGGCCUGUUCGAUGGGAUCUCUUCUGCUGGCAGCCGGUGCUCCAGGAAUGCGAUACUCUCUGCCUAACGCUCGGAUCAUGAUACACCAGCCUUCAGGCGGCGCACAAGGUCAAGCUACAGACAUCCUGAUACAUGCCGAAGAAAUUAUCAAAAUCAAGCGACAACUCACCAACAUCUAUGUAAAGCACGCUAAAAAUUCUUACGAAGAGAUGUGUGGACGCAUGGAGCGCGACCAUUUCAUGACCCCUGAGGAGGCCAAAGUACUGGGCAUUAUAGACCACGUUCUCGAACACCCGCCUGAAACUGUUUCUGAAACUGGCCCGGCAUCGGAUGGUGGCAUUACUUCCGGCAAAGCAGUGCCCGAAGAGUCCGAGAAAAAGAGAAGCAAGCAGGCUGCAUAAAAUUCUAUCUCGUGUAUAAACCAAAAUUCAAUUCUAAGUUUAAAACAAUUUGAAUAUUUCAGUUUUCUACAGAAUGUACAAUUUCCAAUUAUACCAAGUCGAAUUUUCUUAACCAGCAA